UGCAGUGCGCGGUAAACAGCAUCAUGGCGGAAAAGGUGAGAGACUGUAGCGGUUUUGUGGAUAAAAUGUCCUCAUUCGGCCGGAAAUGUGAUAAAGAAGCGUCCCAGCGGAUGUGUGAUGGGUUUGGACUAAGGACAGGAGGGAACAGAUACGAUAUAUCGUCCAAUGAAACGCAGCCGGUGAAGCCACCGCCAAAACGCCGGCGGAUCCUGGACCCGUCUGCCAUCGUCCCAGUGCCCGUUUACUCCAAUAAGGUCAACACCAGUCUGCAGCUCAGAGCGCCUGCCCUCGCCGACGCCCACAACACAGAUGACGCCGCAGAGGACGGUUUGUGGACGCGGUUUUCAUCGGGACAGACGCCAGCGUCGACCGCCGCCUUCAUCGACUCGGACGACGAAGCGGAACGAAAGGAGGAGGAGCCAACAGCAGACGGCAAAAGAGACACCGUCCGCAGCCCCUCCCCUCCCCCACCACAGAGCCCCGCCCACAGACCGUCCAGAAAGGCCACUAGGAAGAUCAGUGAGAUCAACAGGAGGCUCCAGGUCGUGAACUCGCUUCUGUCCCCGGAGCAUCAGGACCGGAGGCCGAGCCGCCGCCGAGGUCAACCCGGCAGACAGGAUGCCACCAACACCAACAACGCCGACGUGGUCAUCGUCGACAGCGAUGACGACGUGAUCGCAGUGACCCCUGACGUGACCCCCGACAGUCCGCCGUACACGCCCUCGGUCCGGGAGAUCCCACUGAAGGUCCGAUGCAGAACUGACGUCCACAAGAUCCACGUCCUGUCGUCCACGCUGCUCAGCACCGUCUUGGCCCAGCUGUCCGUCAAACUCAAGGUCCCACCCAAUCGCCUCCUGCUGAUGAGGGAAGAGGUGGAGCUUCCAAUUGACUCCACCGUCGGCGAGCUGGGCCUUGGCAUCGCUGACAUCAUAGAGUGCGUCGUCAUGGCAGCAGAGGUUGAAGAUGCCACCGACGGCAGCGUCAUCACCGUCCGCCUGCAGACCAAAGACAGAGACUCGGUCCAGGAAUUUUCUCUGCACAGAGAGGCGGCGCUGGGCUCUGUCUUCUCCCAGUAUCUGUCAUCCAUGUCCGCCGGCGCCCGCGGGAACGUCCGCUUCCACUUCGACGGCGGCAAAGUGAUGGCCAAUCAGACGCCGGCGCAGCUGGACAUGGAGGACGGUGACAUCAUCGAAGUCUGGACUUAAGAUCAGGGACAUUUCACAUCCCCAACCUGAUGACGCCACUUCAUACAAACUCAACAAAAGCAGAAAAAAAACAGCAGAGGUUUCUAUUUUCACUCUGAAAAAGAAAAAGUACAUUUAAAAUAAAACUAAAACACAUUAAAACAUUUAUAUGAAGUGUUUUUACUUUGACGUAAAACAGAAUCAUUUCAACUUUAAUGUGGAUUGGACUCAAUGGUGAAAUGGGAUGAAGAAACGUGGUUCAACAGAAGAUGGAGAAAAGGCGGAGUCUGCCUCUGGCCCCACCCAUUAUGCAAACAAACACAACCAUUCAGCGACAUCAGGGAUGUCUGAGAGAAAAAUGACUUUGACCUCAUUUUUCAUUAAUUCGAUAAAUGUUCUAAAUAUUUACAUGUAGUUUCUUAUUAUUUUCUGAAUAUUUCCAUUUAUUUUAAGAAAAUGUCAAACUGAGGACAUUUUUCUUGUUAUUUUUAGAAUCCGUGUAAUUACCUUUAAAACAGUAAUAGUUUUUAGUAAACGUGUUGUUAUGUUUAGUAAAUUUCUCAUUUUGAAGAAGGUUUUUGUUAUUUUUACAAAGUUUGUCAUUAUUUUGAUUUGUUUUUCCCUUUGAGUAACUUUCUCAUUAUUUUGACGUAAAUUUUUUAUUGUUUUGAGAAAAGGUCUUUUUUUUUAUUAAAGUUUGUUGUUUUAAGAGUAUUUCAAGGAAAUAUAUCACAUUUCUCAUAACUUCAGGUUUUUUUAUACUUCACUUUUAAGUACUGUAUUAUUUAUCCUAAUAUUUUGAGUAAAUUUCUCAUUAUUUUGAGGAAAUGUCUUUAUUUUGUUGAAGUUUCUCUUUAUGACUAAGUUCUAGUCAUUUCUUUUACAGUUUUUUACCCUCAUCCAUC